AGCUCCGCCCCGGUUCACAACUCCGCUCUAGUCUCGCCCUGAUCUACUCUCCCUCUCUCUCUUCGCCCUUGCUCUGUCCUCGUCGUCGUCGUUUGAAUCGGCUGAGAGCGCUCAAAAGGAGGCGAAAUCUCGGGCCUCUCCUUGCAUAGGGAGGGGAUGAGGUGGAAAAGCUUGUUUCUUUGGGUUCUACAGCUGAUGGUCUUUUCCGCGAUCUUCCCUCCUGGGGUUUCUGCGGACGGUGUAACCCCUGCGGAGGCCAAAGAGCUCAGGGACGAGGUGCGUGAUAUGUUCUAUCAUGCCUUUGAUGGAUACAUUAAACAUGCAUUUCCUCUUGACGAACUAAGACCCUUAACAUGUAAAGGAGAAGACUCGCUUGGUGGAUAUGCCCUAACACUUAUAGACUCCUUGGAUACAUUGGCUUUGUUGGGGGAUCGUGAAAGAUUUAAUGCAGCUGUUGAUUGGGUCUCUGAAAAUGUCCGAUUUGAUAUUGAUAAAACAGUUUCAGUGUUUGAGACCACAAUCCGGAUUCUUGGGGGUUUGCUCUCGGCUCAUCUUAUUGCAAGUGACUAUGCCACGGGGAUGAAGAUCCAAUCCUAUGAUGACCAAUUGCUUCAUUUAUCAGUGGAUUUGGCCCAAAGACUAUUACCUGCCUUUGACACUCCCACAGGAAUCCCAUUUGGAUCUGUCAAUUUGUUGCAUGGAGUGGAUGAAAAUGAGAGCAAGAUAACAUCAACAGCUGGUGGCGGUACUUUAACCUUGGAAUUCGGGGUUCUGAGUCGUUUAACUAAUAACCCAGUUUUUGAACAAGUUACAAAGAAUGCUGUUCGAGGAAUAUGGGCUCGUAGAUCAAAAAUUAACCUUGUUGGAGCUCAUAUCAAUAUUUUCACUGGUGAAUGGACUCAAAAGGAUGCUGGUAUAGGAACAAGCAUCGACUCUUUCUAUGAAUACCUUCUGAAGGCAUAUUUGUUGUUUGGAGACGAGGAAUACUUGUUUAUGUUCCAAGAAGCUUACAAGGCAGCUAUGCGCUAUCUCCACCAUGAUCCUUGGUAUGUAGAGGUGAAUAUGAACUCUGCUGCUACAGUUUGGCCAUUAUUUAACAGUCUGCAAGCUUUCUGGCCAGGGCUUCAGGUUUUAGCUGGAGAUGUUGAUCCUGCUAUUCGGACCCAUGCUGCUUUCUUCAGUGUCUGGAAAAAGUAUGGAUUCACCCCUGAGGGGUUUAAUCUUGCAACCAUGAGUGUGCAGCAUGGUCAAAAGAGUUAUCCUCUGCGACCAGAAUUGAUUGAAAGUACAUAUUGGCUCUUCAAAGCUACAAGAGAUCCUAGGUAUCUUGAUGUUGGACGGGACAUUGUGGCAAGUCUUCAGUAUGGUGCCAGGUGUCCUUGUGGAUAUUGUCAUAUAGCUGAUGUAGAGUCUCACAAGCAGGAUGAUCAUAUGGAGAGUUUUUUCCUUGCUGAAACAGUUAAAUAUCUUUGGCUGCUUUUUGAUUUAUCUGUGGGUCCGGACAACAUUGUUGAGAAUGGGCCAUAUAAGUACAUAUUUAGUACAGAAGGUCACUUCUUGCCUGCAACUCCAGAAAUAUCUUUGGUCAAUGAACACUGCUCAUAUUUUGGAGCAUUUUGCAAAGAUAGUGCAAACAAUAGAUAUGGCGUCUUUGAGACAUCAUUUAAUCAUCAGAAAACAAAUGACACUCAUUCUCAUGGAUUUUUUAGUUCCUCAGUUGCCCAGCCCAAAAUCCAGGAUUCUUUUUCAGCUUCAGGUUUCGUCAAGGGACAUUGUCAAGGAUUGACCCACGGGCAGAAGUUUGGCAUAUCAUAUAGUGAAGAUGAAGAAAAUACUUACAGCAGUGAUGCUAGUCAACCUCAGAGGCAUGAUGUUGUUGUUACUAAUCCAAGCUUGAAACCAGUAGGAAGUGACGAUGGUAGCAAUAACACUCAGGAACUCAGUGAGGACUUGAAAGUAAUUCAUCUUUCAGAUAAUAAAGAUGAAAAUGAUGGUAAUCAAGGCACCCAUCCAGUUGAGGAUACCAGCUGAUAUGAGAUUUGUUUAGGCAAAUUCCACACCAGAUGGUUUCUUGCUUUGCGAGUGAAGACCAGAUGAAGGAUUGAGUUUUCAGGAUUCUUACAAGAAAUCGGCUGAGAUGAGUUUCUGAAUGAUUGUUGAGAAUUUAGCAUCUUUGCUGAUAAAUUAUGGCUUACCAACUUGUUCCACAAGCAAUGAUCUGACAUCAACUCCACAGUGAUGAGAUAUACUCUGACAAAACGGGCAACAAAACAGGGGACCAGAGCCACUAAUUUAAAUUGUAGUUGAAACUUAAAUUUUAGCAGAUGCAUUUUGUAUGAUCAAAUUGUAAAAUAAGGAUAAAUUUUACUUUAGGCCAGCAUUAUGAUAUGUUUGUACGACUAAGAAAGGAAUAAUAUGUUGGUUCAUUAGAUUCAUUUGGAUGUUAAGGAUAUAAGAUCACUUCUUUCAUUACCUCUU